AUGUCUGCCUCUGGUGGCGCCGCCAUGCAGUCUGGAUCUGCGGGUGCCACUGGCUCUACCGGCUCCAGCACCGGCUCUGGCGCUGGCGGUGCCGGAGGUGAUGGAGGAGCUGGUGGUGCUGGUGGAAGUGGAGGCGGAGCUGGAGGUGCCGGUGGCGCAGGGGGCUCUGGUGGCGCCAGCACUGGCGGCUCUACGUCCAUGGGAGGCGACAGCAACCACCCCGUUCGUCUCGGCCCUGGCCCGAUUGGAGUCAACGGAACGCAGUUCGUCCUCGACAACAAGGACGGCAUCCUGGGCAUCAACAACCCCAUCCAGCUCUGGCAGUACUUCCCCGAGAACACCAACCAAAAGUGGCACCAGAGCCAGAGCGGCGAGCAGUUCUACAUCGUCGCUCGCGAGGACCUCUGUCUGUCGGUCUCGCCGAAGGGAGGUGUCAGUCUGACUCCUUGUGGCAAGGGCGACCCCGCCACACAGGCCAGCAACACCUGGGUCAUCGAGCAGAACAAGUACCUGUGCACCCAGGGCUCUAACGCAGCCACUGGCGGCUGCAUCUCCGCCCGCAAGCCGUACAGCAACGGCGCCGAGGUCAUGAUCUCGGCUGACCAGGCCAACUGGCUUCCGCUCGUCUACGAGCAGAUUCCCAUCUACGAAACCGUCAGCAGCCCUGGCUCUGGCCCGGCCGGUGCUGCCAACUCGACGGGUGCCGGCUCUACCGGUGGCUCGUCCGCUUCGACUGGUGGCUCGGGCGGCGGUUCCAUGGACGACAUGGACAGCAUGGGCUCUGCUGGCACUGGCUCUGGUGCCGGAUCCCAGAACGGCACCGCUGGCGGCUCCGCUGGCACGGCUGGUGGCGCCGCCAUGAGCUCGGCCAGCAUGCCGGCGACCAGCGCUUCCGGCGCCCCCAACAAGCCUCCCUCCGGUGCCUUUGCGCCAAGCAGCGCCCCUGCCGCCGGUGGUGCCGCCUCGGCCGCCUCGUCUGCUGCCGGUGUCGCUUCCGCGGCUGCUUCGGCUGUCGCCUCCAAGCCCGCCGCUGCUGGUGCUUCAGCCAGUGCCGCCGGCACCAACUCGGCCGACGCCGAUGCCGACAUGGCCGACUCGGCUGGCUCGGCUUCGGGUGACUCGACCGGCGACGCUGCGAUGGGCGGCAACUAA